AUUGCCGGGUGCCGCCGUUCGUAGCAGCUACUGCCGCCACGCAACCGUGAAGCCACCGCGCCCGUGACGUACCGCGGCUGACCAUUUUCCCCGUGUUACACACGACAACGCCGUUCUGAAUGUGCGUUCAAACGGCAAGAUAACGAGCGCGAGUGAGCGAGCUAGUGGUGGUACCGGGAGUGCAACCGCGAGGACAAAAACGAAUACGAAUACGAUCACGAAAAUGAAGAAGAACGCGAAUACGCGAGACGGAGAACAAGAAUGAUAAAGAUAGAGUAUAAAUAUAUGUGAAUAAAAGACAAAGACGCGGGGAAAAGUAAUAAGAGGAGAGGGUGGAGUGAUAUACUGAAAGAGAAGAGGAGAGAGAGAGUAAUAAUCAAAGUUCUUGUGAAAAGUUGAGCUCGACUCUCCUACGCCUUCUUGAUAUAAUAGACCAGAGCUACGAUCCGGGUAUAUUCUUGUAUGUUCAUCUUCUUCUUCUUCGUCUUCUUCUUUUUCUUCUUCUUCUUCUCAUACUUAUAUUUAUCUUUUUCAUACGUUAUUGCGUUAUUUCAUUUGAUUUAUUGUCUCUGGUAUUAAAUUAUUACCUUUCAUUAAAGGUGAUCAAGUUUACAAAGACCGUGUGUGUUGACAAAAAAUAUAUUUUAUGUACAGUGAAUUGGAGUGACAAAUAAUUUAUUUUAUUUUACUCAAAUAAAGUUUCAAGUGAUAAAUUACUUGGCAAGUGAUUUAACGUAAACAAAUAAUUAAAUUUCCCAUAAAUAAUAGUAAUUAUAAAAAAAAUAUACUUGAUAUGAAUUCUUUGACAUUUUGUGAAUUUGUGGUAUCGUGAAUUUUUUUUUUUUUUUUUUUUUUUUUCAAAUAUCAAAUGUUUGUUUGAAUGUUCGCGGAAAUAAAUAAACUGGUAGACUGUGAAUUUGGAUUAAUUUGUAAAAAAAAAAUUCAUUGUGUAUCAAGAAAAAUAUUUGAGAGACGUCUCAGGACGAGAUCAUCGCGAAGUGCGCCUCUCUAGGGAGGCGAGAGCUUCACGACCGUGGUGGGUCGCGAUGUGGCCAAACAGCCUCGGAGGAUCUUCCGGUUGCGGCGGGGGUGCCGGGGCUACAGAUCUCGGGGGUCUCGCAGCAUCAACAGCCUCAGCGAGCGACUUGUUUGGACCCACGGGUUUCGGCGCCUCCGCGGCUGGUCCCUACGGCGCUCUCAAGUCCUCGCCUUACGUCGGUGCCCUGGGAAUGCCCCCGAUCGAAGCUCUGCAUGGGACUAUCGGUUAUCCCGGUUGUACUCCCGCCGGUGAGUCCUACUACUGUAACCCAAGAAAACAAAGGAGAGAAAGAACGACUUUCAGUCGAGCGCAAUUAGACAUAUUAGAAGGUCUUUUUUCUAAAACAAGAUACCCAGAUAUUUUUAUGCGUGAAGAAGUUGCGGUAAAGAUUAAUUUGCCCGAGUCAAGGGUUCAGGUGUGGUUCAAAAAUCGUCGAGCUAAAUGCAGACAGCAGCAGAAACAACAGCAACAGCAACAAGAAAAAGCACCGAGAUCGAAAAAACCUUCGGGAAAUCCUGUUAAUAAUCCGCCGUCUGGAAAAAGUCCUUCGAUAGCCACUACACCAACUCCUGCGGCUGCUGUUCCUGCAUCGACGCCAUUAAGUGGAGGAACGGGCGGUUCUGCUGCAAGUUCUCCAGCACUCUUACGAGAUUCACCGCAAUAUAAACCAGCAGGGAGCACCACCGGCUUGCUAUUCGCUGCAAGCACAACUCCACCGAGUUUGGGCGGGACCGUGUACAGCAGCGGCGGUAGCAGCAGCAGUAUCUGGAGUCCAGCGAUCACGGAAAGCGGAGGAGCAUUCCCUGGAGAUCAUCAAAGACUCGCCUGGACCACAACUGCCUCCCAGCAGCCUUGCUAUCAAAAUUACUCCUCGUAUUACUCCAACAUGGAUUACCUUUCGCCUGCUCCUCAUCAACUCAAUGUCGUCGACGCCGGUGCUGGAAAUUUAGACAAUACGUGGAGUAAAACAAGAGACGAGACAGCAUCGUCUUGGUUUUAUAACAGCGCUGGUUGGGGUGAACGAAAGUGAAUUUAGUUUUUUUUUUUUU